UACGUGCGUCAGUUAGAAGGAAACCCAUAUGGAAUACCAGUUUUCUUCCUUGCUUCUUAUUCCUUUCUUCUUGUUCUUGACGUUCCUUUGGCUCAGAAAGCCAAGAAAUAAGGCGCAGAACAAAAUCCCCGGGCCAUGGAAGCUUCCUCUGCUGGGAAACCUUCAUCAGUUGGCAGCAGCAGAGUCACCACUUCCACAGUGUGCCCUUCAAGAGCUCUCUCUCAAGUAUGGGCCUCUCAUGCACCUUCAACUUGGUGAGAUUUCAACUGUGGUUGUGUCAUCCCCAGAUCUGGCCAAGCAGAUUAUGAAGACGCAUGAUCUUGCCUUUGUUCAGAGGCCACAAGUUUCUACUGCUGGUAUGAUUUUUUCGUAUGGAGGAACUGAUGUUGCUUUUGCUCCUUACGGUGAUUAUUGGAGACAGAUGAGGAAAAUAUGUAUUUUGGAGCUCUUGAGCGCCAAAAAGGUUCGAUCAUUCUCCUAUGUACGAGAAGAUGAGGUGUCUAAGCUUAUAGAGUCGGUUCAAUCAUCCGUAGGUUCGGUUUUCAAUCUCACGAGCAAGAUUUACUCAUUGACUAGUUCUGUAGUUAUGAGGGUAGCAUUUGGCGACAAGCAUAAAGAUCAAGAACGGCUACUUCAAUUGCUCCCUACAGUAUUAGAACAAAUGAGCGGGUUUAAACUUGUUGAUUUGUUUCCUUCCUUGAAACUCAUGCAUCUCAUAGCUGGAACGGUACCAAAGCUGGUGAAGAUGCGUGAUAAUAUAGGAAAAAUUUUAGAUGAUAUUAUCAAGGAGAACCGGCAGAAGCAGAUGAGAGCAGAAGGAGGCAAGAGUGCUUCGGAGGAAGAAAAUCUUGUUCAGGUUCUUCUACGAAUCCAGCGAAGUGAAAACCUUGACGUCCCAAUCACAGCCGACAACAUCAAAGCUGUUAUUUGGGAUAUGUUCAUUGGUGGAACCGAUACUUCGGCAACAGUGCUGGAAUGGGCCAUGUCAGAAAUGAUGAAAAAUCCUAGAGUGAUGGAAAAGGCGCAAGCUGAGGUUAGAAACGUUUUCAAAGGGAAGAAAGUAAUUCGUGAUAGUGAUAUGAUUCAACUUAGUUACUUAAAACUAGUGAUCAAAGAAACUCUGAGGCUGUACCCGCCUGUUCCUUUGUUGGUUCCAAGAGAAUGUAGAGAAACCAGCAAGAUUAGUGGCUAUGAAAUACCCAUCAAAACUCAAAUUAUAAUAAAUGCAUGGGCACUUGGAAGAGAUCCAAAUUACUGGUACGAUGCAGAGAGGUUUAUACCAGAGAGGUUCCAAGGCAAUAAUUCUGACAUUGAUUUCAAAGGAACAAACUUUGAGUACAUCCCUUUCGGAGCAGGAAGAAGAAUGUGUCCGGGCAUUUCAUUUGGCUUAGCAAGCGUUGAGCUUCCUCUGGCUAGCUUACUGUACCACUUCGAUUGGAAACUCCCACAUGGAAUGGAACCCGAGGAUUUAGAUAUGACUGCGGCUGCUGCAAUCACAAACAAAAGGAAGAACAAUUUGUGUUUGAUUCCCACACCAUACAAUACUGAUUCUGUUAUUGGCAGCUCCUAGUGAAAGCACGUACCCACCCACAAUAGUAGUCUCUUGAUCUCCUUGUUCUUUACUAUCAUGCGAUGUGGGUAUGGAUUAUAUUUUGGAUUUGGAACAAUAACUUGUCCCCUUCAAAGAUAGGUCAACAAAACGGAAUCUUUACAUAUGUGUAAGAAUGUUCGAAAAUGCGUAUGGUGAAUCCUGAGGUUUUAUUUAGUACUAUGAACUGUUGUACUUAAAUGGAUCGAAGUUACCUGCCCUGUAUCUCGGUCGAUUAUGUAAACUUGAAAUCUGAUACAUGCUUCUUUUACUUUUGUUAUC